AUGAGCUUCUCCCGCAGCAGCAGCAGCUUCUACUCCAGCUCCCAGCGCUCGGGGGUCGCCCCCAGCCUGGUCUCCAGCCGCCGCCUGCCCACCCUGAGCAGCGCCGCCAGCGUCUACGCCGGGGCCGGGGGCUCCGGGUCCCGCAUCUCCGUCACCCGCACCAGCAGCGUCAGCGGCUCGGCAGGCGGCUAUGGGGCCGGCUAUGGGGCCGGCUAUGGGGCUGGCUAUGGGGGCAGCUUGCUGUUCGCCGGCGCCGGAGCGGUGGCCAACGAGAAGGAGACGAUGCAGGACCUCAACGACCGCCUGGCCACCUACCUGGAGAAGGUGCGGAGCCUGGAGCAGGAGAACCGGCGCCUGGAGGUCCAGAUCCGCGAGUUCAUGGCCAAGAAGGGGCCCAGCACCCGCGACUGGAGCAGCUACUGGGAGGUCAUCGAGGACCUGCGGGACAAGAUCUUCGAUGCCACCGUGGAGAAUGCCAGGACCCUGCUGCAGAUGGACAACGCCCGGCUGGCAGCCGACGACUUCAGGGUCAAGUACGAGGCCGAGCUGGCCAUCCGCCUGUCGGUGGAGAGCGACAUCUCCGGGCUGCGGAAGGUGAUCGACGACACCAACAUGGCCAGGCUGCAGCUGGAGGGCGAGAUCGAGGCCCUCAAGGAGGAGCUCAUCUACAUGAGGAAGAACCACGAGGAGGAGGUGAAGAGCCUGCAGGCGCAGGUGGCAGACUCGGCGCUGACGGUGGAGGUCGAUGCCCCCAAGUCCCAGGACCUGGGCAAGAUCAUGGCCGAGAUCCGGGCACAGUACGAUGCCCUGGCCCAGAAGAACCUGGAGGACCUGGAGAAGCAAUGGGGGAGGCAGAUCACCGAGAGCACCAUCGAGAUCACCCAGAGCAGCAAGGAGGUCGACACAGCUCGCAGCACCCUGGUGGAUCUCCGCCGCACCGUCCAGACCCUGGAGAUCGACCUGGACUCCAUCCGCAACCAGAAAGCUGGGCUGGAGGCCAACCUGCUGGAGGUGGAGAACCGCUACGGGCUGCAGAUGGAGCAGCUCAAUGGCCUGAUCCUGCGCACCGAGGCCGAGCUGCUGCAGGUCCGCAGCGAGCUGCAGCGCCAGGCCGAGGAGUACCAGACCCUGCUCAACGUCAAGGGCAAGCUGGAGGCCGAGAUCGCCACCUACAGGCAGCUGCUGGAGGGAGGAGAGGAGUUCAGCCUGGGGGACGCCCUGGAGAAGGAGACCACAAGCACCACGCAGAGGUCCACGCAGAAGCUGGUGGAUGGCAAGGUGGUGACAGAGACGAAGGAGGUGAAGAUCAGGACCUACUGAGCCGGAGCAGGGCGAGUCCUGCACCCCCGGGGGUCCCCAAGAGACCCCCUGAACCAAAUAAAAUGACA